AUGGUCUCGAGGCUGCUGGCCAGUGAUGGCACGGUCACAGCCGCAACGGUCACAACGACCACACAGAACGCAACCCAGGAAGAGGAUGGCCUGAACUCGCUCAUGGUCAAGGCCGGCAAGUUGUACUUUGGCACUGCCACCGACGUCAACAACUUUGCCGAUGUCGAGUACCAGGCCAUUGUCAGCAAUAAGAACAUGUUCGGCAUGAUCACAGCCGAGAACUCUAUGAAAUGGGCUGCAAUCCAGGCGAACGAGGGCAAGUACUCGUUUGCCGACGCCGAACAGGUCGUAGCGAAGGCCAAGGCCAACGGCCAGCAGAUCCGCUGUCAUACCUUGAUCUACACCCAGCUGCCGCCCUUCGUCGAGGAAGCCUCCUGGACCAACGAAACCCUCAUCGCCACGAUGCAGACAUACAUCAAGAACGUAGUCCAGCACUUCAAGGGCGAGUGCUACGCCUGGGACGUGGUCAUCGAAGCCUUCGGUGACAGUGACGCGAGCUACCGCGACUCCAUCUUCUAUCGGUACAUUGGGCCAGCCUUCAUCCCCAUCGCCUUCUCCGCCGCUGCCGCCGCCGACCCAGACGCCAAACUCUACUAUAGCGAUUUCAACCUUGAAGUUCUGCCUAACAAGGCCGCCGCGGUCAUUGAUCUCGUCAAGGACCUCCAGGCGCGCAGGAUCAAGAUCGACGGGGUCGGCUUCCAGGGCCAUCUCGUCGUAGGCGCCACCCCUUCCCGCAUCAGUCUUGCCGCUUCGCUCAAGCAGUUUACCGACCUAGGCGUCGAGGUCGCCUUCACAGGGGUCGACAUCCGUCACAACUCGCUACCCGCGAGCGACACCGCUUUGAACCAGCAGGCUAAGGAUUAUGCCGCCCUAGCCGGCUCGUGCCUCGAUGUCCCCAAAUGCGUGGGCGUCACCCUCUGGCAGUUUACCGAUAAGUACAGCUGGGUGCCCAACAGCAUGAAGGGCAAGGGCGACGCCCUCCUGUGGACUUCUGAUUACAAGACUAAGCCUGCCUACGAUGCUGUCAUGGCCCUACUGCGCGCCGCGAGCAAUACUACGAUCACGAAUGGCACCGUCACUGGCGAUGGCAAGUCGGCGGCAGGGAGGGUCUCUCUAAACACUAUGGGUCGUUUCCUGGGCGCUGUGCUCUCUGUGUGGCUACUGCUCUAA